AGGCUGUUGUUUGGUUACCGUCACAAACAUCCUGAGUUCACGAAGGUUUGCAAGAUUUGAAACUGAAAUCUUCGAAGAAACAUACAAUUUAUCUCUACUUUGUCGAAAUACUCAAGCCAUAAACGAAGUUUGAAGGCGAUUUUAUAUUCUCUUCUAGAUAUAUAGUGUAUAUUACGCCUAGGAUUGAAAAAAAUGGCCUCAGUCCGCAGAAUGAAUUUGAGCCAUGCACAACAACAGAGAAUGCUUUCAGAAAACAGACGUAAGGAGAAUAUGAGGGAGGAUCAGCUCAAGAGGCUGACACAGGAAAAAGUCCUCGAAGCAAACAUGGCGAGUGAAGAAAGAAUUGAGGACAAGAGGUUUUUGAGAAGAGUUCAGCAAGAAUCAAAAGAAAGAGAGAUGGAUGAAGCUAUCAUCAAGUCUGCAGAACAGAAAAGAAUCAAAGAACAACAACAGGAACAAGAAAUCAGAUUAGCCAAAGAGCUGGAAAGAUUAAAACUUGAAGCAUUAAAAGAUGAAAAGAUGCGGCAACAGAUCAGAGAGAACAGUGUUGAGCUAAGAGAGCUUGAGGCAAAGCUAAAGGCUGGAUAUAUGAACCGUGAGAGGGCAGCUCAGCUUGCAGAGAAGAAGGUCAUGGAAAUGGACAGAGUGAAACGUGAUAUUGAAAUUAGCAAGAAAAUGGAAGAGGAAUAUGAGCGAGCACUCGUUGUUGAGCGUGAAAAAGAGAUGCAGAAAUGGCAGGAAAGUGUUAGAUACCAGACAGAACUUGAGAAACAAUUGAUAGAGAAAGAAAAGAAGAAGCAACAAGCCUAUGAAGAGUUCCUCAAGGAGAAACUUAUGAUUGAUGAGAUCGUCCGCAAGAUUUAUGAGGAGGAUGAGCGGGAGAUUGCCAACCGACUUGAAAAACAAAGAGCAACUCAGCGAUACAUUAAAGAGUUUAAGACUAAACGGGAUGAGUGGAAAGCACGUGAGCAGGAGCUUAUGGAAGAGGAGAACCGUAGAAUCCUAGAGUUUGCCCGCCUUCAGCAACAACGUGAAGAAGAACGAAUGGAGAAGAAAAAAGAACAAGAAGAAGCAAUGGCUACUGUCCAACAAAAGCUUUCGGAAAGGAUUCGCAAAGAAGAGGAAGAGAGGGAUGAAAUGGAAAGGAUACGUCUUGAGUUGUACAUUGAGGAACAGGAAGAGAGGGAGCGACAGAAUGAACAACAAGAGAUGGAGAAUAAGAUCCGUCAGCGACUGGACUUGCAGGAGACUCGCCGUCAGCAGUUAGAGUUCAAGGAGAGGCGACUUCUAGCCGAACAGGAGGAGGAGGAAGAAUUCAGGCAAAAGAUGUUGCAGAAGUUUGCUGAGGAUGAUCGUAUUGAGCAAAUGAAUGCUCAGAAGAGGCGCAUGAGGCAACUGGAACACAAGAGAGCUGUGGAAAAACUGAUUGAAGACAGGAGGAUGCAAUUCCAACAGGAGAGGGAGGCUGAGUUGGCAGCGAGACAAGAGGAGGAGCGGAUGGAGAUGUAUCGCAGACAGAUCGUUGAACAGGAGCGCCAAAGGCUGCUGCGUGAACAUGCCACCAAGUUACUUGGCUAUCUGCCCAAGGGUGUCCUCCGUACAGAAGAUGAUCUUGACCUGUUUGAUGACGAUUUUAAGACGGCCUACAAAUCACGGCAUGUGGACUUAUUCGACGAAGUGUCAUCCGACCCAAGCCAAUAGAUCCAUCUAAGUCCACGCUAUUAUUAUUUUAUAGCUUAUUUUUGAUUGUUUAAUGCCAUCAGUCAGAUUUAUAAAUUAAAGACAACCAUGUUUCAAUGUCAUGGAAAGACUAGGUCUAACGUUUAUGUAAAUAUUUCUAACAAUUUCAGUACGCCCGUGUAGUAUUCUUUAGUAGGGUCUUAAUCUAAACGCGUUUGUAAUUUGCACGAAGACGUUUGAACGGUAACUCGCUUGUAAAUAACUACAAAAAAAAAAACGAUUGGUCGGAGUAUAUCUAAAUAGCAGUGGAAGCUGGUAGGUUUUGGUUGAGGAAAUAAUCAAAUUGCUGUUUGUGAAACAUAAUAUCUGAUAUUAAAAAAAACUUUUUGUAAAAA